AUGGCCGCCGAGUUGUUUCCCGCCAAGAAGCUUCUUCCGUCCGCCUCUGAGCAGCAGCAAGAAGAGCAGCAGCAGGAGCAGCAGCACAACCCACAGUACCAACAAGAGCAUCACCAGCAGAACCUGAGCAACAACAACGGCACCUCCAGGCAGGCCGGCUGUACCUGGCAGGGCUUGUACCCCACCAUACGGGAGAGGAACUCAGUCAUGUUUAACAAUGACAUGAUGGCAGAUGUCUACUUUGUGGUGGGACCGCCAGGUGGGACGCAGCGGGUUCCGGGCCACAAGUAUGUCCUGGCGGUGGGCAGCUCGGUUUUCCACGCCAUGUUCUAUGGCGAGCUGGCUGAGGAUCAAGACGAGAUUCGCAUCCCUGACGUGGAGCCGCCGUCCUUCCUCGCUAUGCUCAAGUACAUCUACUGCGAUGAGAUUGAGCUGUGCGCCGACACAGUUUUGGCUACGCUGUACGCCGCUAAGAAGUACAUAGUGCCGCACCUGGCGCGCGCUUGCGUAAACUUCCUGGAGACGAGCCUGAGCGCCAAGAAUGCCUGCGUGCUGCUGUCUCAGAGCUGCCUGUUCGAGGAGCCCGACCUGACGCAACGCUGCUGGGAAGUGAUCGACGCUCAAGCCGAGCUGGCCCUGCGCUCUGAGGGCUUCUGCGACAUCGACGCGCACACGCUGGAGAGCAUCCUGCGCCGCGAGACGCUCAACGCCAAGGAGAUGGUGGUGUUCGAGGCGGCUCUGAGCUGGGCCGAGGCCGAGUGUCAACGUCGGGAUCUGAGGCCCACCAUCGAGAAUAAGCGGCUGGUGCUUGGAAAGGCCAUAUACUUGAUCCGCAUCCCCGCCAUGGCUCUUGAGGACUUCGCUAACGGUGCAGCGCAGUCCGGCGUGCUGACGCUAAACGAGACCAACGACAUCUUCCUGUGGUAUACGGCGGCCAACAAGCCUGAGCUGCUGUUUUGCAGCAAGCCUCGACAAGGCCUGGCGCCGCAGCGCUGCCACCGCUUCCAGUCGUGCGCCUACCGCAGCAACCAGUGGCGCUACCGCGGACGCUGUGACAGUAUACAGUUCGCCGUGGACAAGCGCGUCUUCGUGGCCGGCUUCGGCCUCUACGGCUCCAGCUGCGGAUCGGCCGAAUACGGGGCCAAAAUGGAGCUGAAGCGUCAGGGCGCGCCGGUGGCGCAGCGCGUCAUCAAGUACUUCUCGGACGGCUCCAGCUCCACUUUCGCCGUGUGGUUCGAGCACCCGGUCCAGAUCGAGCCCGACGCCUUCUACACAGCCAGCGUGGUCUUGGACGGAAAUGAGCUCAGCUACUUCGGACAGGAGGGCAUGACUGAGGUGCAGUGCGGUAAGGUCACUUUCCAGUUCCAGUGCUCCUCAGACAGCACUAACGGAACUGGCGUGCAAGGCGGUCAGAUACCAGAACUCAUCUUCUACGCUUGA